AUGGUUUUAAAGCUGCAGUGCUGUGUCUACUACAGCGGUGUAGGUGAGCCUUCCAUAUCGCUGCUUCUUGUUGGGGUGGCAAGGAGGCACAGUCGCUGUUUACCAGAUCCUAGCUGUGCCUCUAGCAAAAGCUUGCAGCCAUGCGAGCCAUGGCUGGGACACAACCAUGUCGAGAAUGAUGCCUGUGGUGCUCCACUAAGAUAUGAAACUAUGAGGCUCAAGGAUACCUCUACUAAAGACAGUUAUGCUACUAACGAGACAGUAGAAUACAUCUGUCGUGUAGGAUACAGACGAAACUUCAUGUCCUCCAUGACUGCUGUUUGUAAUGCUAAUAAUUCAUGGACACCUCUCCAAGAAGUUUGUAUAAAAAAACUAUGUAGCAGUCCAGGAGAUCCCCUAAAUGGUUAUGUAACCAUGACAAAUGGAACACUGGAGUUUGGCUCACAGGUUGACUUUACUUGUGAAGAUGGUUAUCACUUAAUUGGUAGAAAAACUCUGUAUUGUGAGGUUAUUGGAGACUCAGUUGGUUGGAGUGAUAAUCCCCCAAUAUGUGACAGGGUUAAGUGUGUACCACCUCCAAACAUAGAAAAUGGAAUAUACAGAACUAGUGGAAAGGAUGUCUAUGAAUAUAAUGAAGUAGUAAAUUAUGAAUGUAAUUCUCUAAGUGGACCAGAUCAAUACUCACUUAUUGGAAACAAAGUUCUUUACUGCACUGGCAAUGGAGAAUGGAGUAGUAAGCCUCCUGUGUGUAAAGUGGUCAAAUGUGAUUAUCCAGUAAUCAGAAAUGGAGACCGAGUAGUGGGACUUGGAUCACGAUUUACCUACAAAUCACAGGUCGUAUUUCAGUGCCAUCAGGGUUAUGUCAUGAAGGGAAGCAACACCAUUAUCUGUGAAGAAAAUAGUACAUGGGUUCCUCCAGUUCCGACUUGUAUUAAAGAGCUGCCUCCUCCCACUACACAACCUCCAAUUUUGAGUCAUUCAGGUUUAGUAAUCUCCUGA